AUGCCAUUACCCACUAAAACGCUAGAGUGUGAUGGUCGUCGUUGUCGUAAAUGCGGCAAAUGUCGAGAUCAUGGUAUGCGUGCUGGUGCUUGCAAGGGCUCUGCGGUCGGUGCUUUGAGUGUAGGCGCCCUUGCUGGUGUCUCUGUAUUUCUUGUAGCCAUUCUGGGUCCGCUUAGUGCUGCUGGUUUUCUUGUUGCUAUGGGUGGUGCUGCUCUUAGCACGGCUGGUGGUGCUGCUGUCGGUGCUGGUGCAGGUGCUGGUUUCGGUUCUAUUGGAGCCCAAUUUUGCGGAGUUGGGGUAUGCAAAUGUCGUGGUAAACAUUAA